AUGGAUCGAGAGUUCCACCACCACCAAGGCCAAAGUGGUCAUGAAGGCAUGGGAAUGGGUCGCGGUAGACCGAGGAGACCGGUAACCGAUUAUGGAUCGACGUUGGUACAGUGGAUGCGACAUCGAGGCCCACGACAUUCCAGGGCGCAAUGCAUGGAACAAGAGCGGCCAAGUGCUAGUUAUAUCGUUGAUCUCCAACCUCCACAUGCCCGACCUGCGAAAGCCGCCGAUACGAUCCCAGCCCGACAUCUCCAUACCUCCUUGAACAAGAUCCGGCACCCGAUCAAUGUGGUGUUAUGGACUCCGGAAGGCAGAAGGUUGUUGACGGCAUCCUCAAGUGGGGAGUUUACGUUAUGGAAUGGCAUGGGAUUCAACUUCGAGACGAUUAUGCAGGCCCAUGAUAACGCGAUCCGAGCGGCACAAUAUUCCCACAGCAAUGACUGGCUGAUAUCAGCGGACCAGGACGGUAUCGUGAAGUACUGGCAACCCAACUUCAACAACGUGAAAGCCAUCCAAGCCCAUAAUGAAGCGAUCCGAGGGAUGGCCAUUGCGCCCACCGACUCCAAAUUCGUCACCGCGGCGGAUGAUUCAACGUUGAAGAUCUUCGACUUUGCGGGAGGGACGGAAGAAUCGACGCUUACGGGCCAUCAGUGGGAGCUACGGUGCGUGGAUUGGCAUCCAACCAAGGGGCUGAUUGUGUCGGGGUCGAAAGACCACACCGUGAAGUUAUGGGACCCUAGAACGGGCCGGUGCUUGACCACGCUCAUCGCACAUAAGAAUCAGGUCUCGAAGACCGUGUUCGAGCCGACGCGCGGAGAGCUGCUAGCGACCAGUGGCCGCGAUCAUGUCAUUCGGAUCUUCGACUUGCGAAUGAUGAGAGACGUGUUCCUUCUACGCGGGCAUGAGAAAGAUGUGACCUCCUUAGCAUGGCACCCCGUCCAUCGCAAUCUUCUGUCAUCGGGUGGAAAUGACGGCGCGCUGCACCAUUACCUCCUUGACGAACCUAACUUGCCUGACGGCACGGCACCAACCACCUCACCCUACGACAACCCCGAUCCCUCCAGCUCCCCUGCUCAAACCCUCUAUCCCGCUCACUCGAUGCCAUAUGCCCACGAAUUCGCAGUGUGGACCUUGGCAUGGCAUCCACUCGGCCACAUCCUCACCUCCGGGUCCAACGACCGCGUCACGCGCUUCUGGACGCGUCCUCGCCCCGGCGAGAAAAUCUACCUCAGCGACCGCUACCAUAUCGGCCAAUCCGCCGCCGAAGCCCAAGGCACCUACGAUCGCCGCGACGGCCGCCGCCAGCUCCGCGAGGAAGAAGAGCAAGAAGCAGAAGACGAAGCCGACGGCCUCGUCGACCAGAAAAUGCCCGCCCCGCAACCCGUCCUCCCGGGCCUCCCGGGCAUCAGCAUCAGUAUGGGCACCGGCGCUAGCCCCCUGCCCCCCGGCAUGGUCGGCCACCCCCCCGUCCCCCCUAUCCUCCCCAGCACCGCCCCCUUCCCGCCGCCCCCACCCCCGAACCUCCCUGCCGGCAAGGUCCCCGAUCUCUCCACGCUCAUGGAGAUGUUCGGCGGACAACUGCCGCCGAUUCCGCCUCCAGGCGGUUUCCCGCCGCCCCCGCAGGGAUUCCCGCCGCUACCGGCCGGGAUGCCGCCGCCGCCGAAUAUGCUGCCGCCGGGGUUUCCCAUGCCUGGAUUUCCGCCGCCGCCGCCCAUGGCGCUGCCGCAGCCGGGUGCGGGGUAUCCGGUGGGUACGGGACCGGGUGUGGCGGAGGGGGAAAAUGGGGGGGUGCGGAGGAGGACGCCGCUGCCAAGUCAGCAGGAUAGCUUGAAAGAGGAGAUGAAGAGGGGGAAGUUUCGGACGGCGAGAUGA